AGACCAACGCGGCCAACGAGCGACACGUCAACAAGAUGAGGUGUCUUGCUGCUGUGCUGUCGGUGCUUCUGCUGGAGCUGUGCAGCCCGACGCUGCAGUCAGAUCCGCAAGCAUGGUUGAACGUGGCCCUGGGGGAGGUGGUCCCACCCUUGGAAGCGGCCCGUGACCCUGCCCCACGCGACCCGAUCUCCUCCUCCUCCUCCUCCUCGGCUGACUUCGGCGAGCACGCCAACCUCAGGUGGGUCCCUUGGAACGGCUCCCUCCCCGACGGGGCCGUGGCCAUCUUCAACGGCUACGCGGAGCGAACAGACUACGUGUGCAAGGUGAACUGCAAGGCGGGCUUCUUCACGCACGACGCCUGCCACUACCCAUACGCCGAUAAGGAGUACGCGUCGACCGCCUUCGACGUGCUGGUCAACGUGGACCGCUUCGAAUUCCUGGAGUGGACCGAGGACUCGUACGGCUCGGUUCCAUCCCACGCCGUCAGGACGUGCCGAGACGUCGACAUCUUUGUGGGCAAGAACAAGUACGGGCUCGGCAAGGUGGUUAGCAUGCACGAAGCUUUCUUCCUUCCGUGGGAGGGCGACGAGUACUGGUACAAGCGCUACCAGGUCCUGCGGGUCAACCCCGACGUAUACAGCCAGCACAUCUCUCACGUGGACUACGCCGUGGACCAGAUGAAGCUGUUCCAUCACCCGCCCGAGACCCUGCAGCUGGCCAAAGUCACCAACCUGGAGUGCCACGCCGUGCGCAAGACGGUGACGCUGGAUAAGACCAGCGCUAGCGAGAAGACCUGGGACACCGGCCGGGAGACCCGCAACGGCUCCGUGUCCACCAUGAAGGCCAAGGUGCCCAUCCUGGGGCCCGGCAACGUGGACUUCACCGAGGAGCAGACGGUCACCUUCUCAGAGGGGACCAGCCUGUUAGAGUCGGUGACCCACUCAGUCAGCGUGGAGCUCCUGGUGCCACCCAACUUCUGGUGCGGCGUCAGGAUGGACGGACGCAAGAUGAGAGCCGACAUCCCCUUUAAGGCACGGCUGAGUCGCACCAACCACAACGGAGACACGCACUGGACGUCCAUCACGGGAACCUAUGACGGCGUCAGCGUGGGCGAGAUCAACGCCGUGGUGGAGCGAUGCCAACCAGUGGCCGAUGCCGUUCCGUGCCUGGCCGCAAAAGACUGAAACUGAUGUCUUGAGAAAAGCUUAAAUAAAAAAUUGGAUUUUUCAUGACGAAAUAAAAUCUUGAAGGAAUGUG